CGACCACUGGACUUGGACGAGCCAGGGGAUGACGAGGAUAUCUCAACCAAUUCUGCCGCGUUUCAGGACUCGGACUAUUUCAGGAUGCUAGCCGAUGCAAAUAUUGCGCUCUCAAGACGCGGAUCUCUGCAGGCAGAUACAAAAGGCCAUUUUCAUGCGCAGUCGACAAUUGGAUCGCCAACAUCUUCGAGCAGAGCAUCCCUUGAUCUCGAUACUAACAGCGCCGCUGCCCGUGCUCAAAACGUACCAAACCCAAUACAUCUCUCGCACGAUGCACUAAAUCAGGGCUAUUACGAUCGGUUCUUUGUCGAGCAGAGGAAAUUAGGGCGAGGAUUCCGCGGAUCAGUCUUUCUCUGUCAGCAUAUCCUUGACGGCAUCCAUCUGGGCGAGUAUGCAAUCAAGAAGGUCGCUGUCGGAAAUAACCAUGACUGGCUCGUUCAAAUGUUGAGGGAGGUCCACCUACUGGAGAGGUUGCAUCAUCCAAAUAUUGUGAGCUAUAAGCACGCAUGGCUCGAGAAUCAUCAGCUUCACAAGUUCGGACCGGAGGUUACGUGUCUCUUUAUUCUGAUGGAAUGCGCGAAUGGCGGCAACCUGGAGGAGUACAUCGAACAACCUCUAGAGACGACGCUUCCCACAAAUACCGAGUCAUACGCAGGAGUGGAAGGGUCCAGUAGAGAUGGAGAGACAACAAAGAUGACAGCCAGGGAGCGUCUGCAGACUAAGCGACAGCGACUACAGGGUUCUUUGGCAUCGACAACUGGUAAGGGCGGUGAAGGCAGCAGUAUAUCCGACUCAAGAACGGCCUCUCUGCGGCGCCACCUGUCCAUCACCGAGAUCUGGAGUUUCUUUUUCGAUAUUUGUGAGGGAUUAGCGCAUUUGCAUCGGCUGGGAAUUAUUCAUCGCGACCUGAAGCCACCGAACCUGCUUCUGAGCUACUCUGACAGCCAGGUGAAGGGAAAGAAAGGCGAACGACCGAGGAUUCUGAUCACUGAUUUCGGAGAGUGCGAGAUUCUGGACCAGAAGGCCAAGAGGGAUCGGACAGGGGCGACAGGCACACUUGAAUUCUUGGCUCCCGAGCUCUUGGCAGUGGAUGUGGAUGGUCGAUAUACUGACGAAUUCUCGUUCAAGGGAGAUAUGUGGUCACUCGGAAUGGUGCUCUACUAUCUGUGCUACUCUCGACUUCCUUACUCUCAGAUAGAGGACGUGGAUAUCCUCAGAAAGGAGAUCCGACAGUUCAAAUCCAUCACCAUACCAGAGGACGGACCCGAUGGUCGUGUUAUCCCUGAGGAACUCAAGAUUUUGAUUCGCGUCCUGCUAUCCCCCGACAAGUCUAAGCGCCCAUCAUGCGAUGAUAUCCUUUCAAAAUUGAGCCACCAGCGCGAUCGCAUGAUGCAUGGGGAUAUGGACAUGCCCACCGCACCGGCCCGAUCGUCCUCGCCUUCCAAUGCUGAGAAUUCUCCUUCCAGAGCGGGUACAGAAGUCGGAGAUGCCAUGGAGAUUGAAGACGACAGUGCGGAGGAAGUGAGCGAGGAGAGGGUGAUCAGAAACUCGGCAGGAAACACAAUAAGACACGGACAUGUGGCUCCUGCGGGGAGCAGCCGUAAUUUGCAGAUUCAUCGCCGGCAUUCUCAUCAGCCUGUCCGCAACAACACAGUAGGAGGAUCUGAUCGCCGACUGAGCAGGACGACUCUUGUCACUGAGAACUUGAAAUCAGUGCCUGGCCACGCCAUCUCGCAGUUGUCGCCCUCGUUUCCCGCGAGUGCUAGAAGCACUGCGAGCCCCAGCGUGAAUUUGCAUAAGCGAGUCAAGCCGUUGGGGAUAGGGCUCCGGUACAUGCUACGCCGGAAAAUGAUGCAUCCGGCAGUGCCUGGGACUAGCAGCGGGAUACAGAGACAGCCGAGGAGAAGGAGUAGUGAUACCGGACGUACAGGGAAUGGAAUCGGAGCUGGAAGUGGUACCUCAUUUCCAAUCGUCUCGUUUCCGUUGGCGCUAAGAAGCUCGCGGGUGGCACCGAUGGCGACAAGCGGGUCGAUAGUCAAAUCAAUCUCGCCGACGCAGGAGGAUAUGAUGCGACAACAGCAGGUGUUUCGCGCCAGAAAGCUGGCAACCGAUUUUAGAGAGCCUUCGGCGCUGGGAUUAGGCAUGGAGCUGGCACCGGCAAGAUCAGAGCCACAGUCAAGCGGUGAUAUGAGAGUAAACAAGCGUUCGCGCGAGGUCGCGGCAGUAGUCGAGGAUCUGAAAUCUGGUACCACGCACAAAAAGGCCCAGCUUCACGAUGUAAGUUCCCAUCGUCAAUAAAUGCUCUCACUUUUUCGCUUAUCACAAAGAGCGCGCGCCAUAUGCUGGAUGCAAUGUGUAAGCUUUUCUCGAAUCCUCAUCUUU